UAGAACAACUUGAUGAAAAUAAACAUAGUUUUUUACGGGCAUGUACAGUUGCUCGUCAAAAAUCCGAUUUAUUUCAUAAAUAUGCACUUCGUAAUGCAGCUAAUUUGAUAAAACCUGAAGCUUAUUUAAAACCACUUGAACAAAAAAUUAAAAAUGUUUCAACAAUAUUAAAAAAUAAAGAAGAUACAGUUUUAAAUGCUUGGCAUCAUAGAAAAAAAAUUAUUGAUGAAUAUUUACAAUAUAUUUCAUUUAAACGUAAUACAGAUAAAGUUUUUGUAUGGAUUGAUGAACAUGAUGAAUGUUUCGUAUCAAAACUUGAAGAAUUAGAUAUUAAUGAUGAUGGUUAUAUGGAUUUUGUUCGUGCACUUAAGGAAAAGAAAACCAUGGUACGAAAAUUAGUUGAACGCGCUGAUGUAUUAGUCGAACGUUCACAUUCAUUUGCACCACUUAUUAAAGAUACAUGUAAUCGACUUGAUUCUGGUUUUAAUAAUUUUUUUCAAAAAAUAAUGAGAAUUAAUAAUAAAGAAGAAAUUGAUAAAGAAGCUGGUCGAAAAAGUGAUUCAAGUUUAGAAGAAAAAUUAGAACAACAAGAAUUAAAUGAAGGAAAACGAAAAGCAGCUAAACAACGAGAAUUAAUUUUUAAUGAAUUACUUAAUACAGAACGUGCUUAUGUUGAUAGUUUAAAUAAAUGUAUUCAACAUUAUCUUGGUGAAAUGCGUCAACAUUCUGAAGAAGUACCAGAAUUUUUACGUAAUAAAGAAUCAAUAUUAUUUUUAAAUAUUGAAGAAAUUCAUAAUUUUCAUAAGAAUUUAUUCAUCAAAGAUUUAGAACGAUAUGAAGAUAGUCCUGAAGAUGUUGGUCAUUGUUUUGUUACAUGGGCAAAACAAUUUCAUAUUUAUUAUGUUGAAUAUUGUAAAAAUAAUGAAACAUGUAUUAAAUUAUUAACACAAUAUCGUGGUCCAUAUUUUGAGACAAUUCAACAUAAAUAUCAAAUUGAUACAAUAAAUUCCUAUUUAAUUAAACCUGUUCAACGUAUAACUAAAUAUGAAUUAUUACUUCAACGUUUAAUGUCUUGUUGUGAAGAAUCCAAAGGUGAAGUUAAAGAAGGUUAUGAUCUUAUGUGUAGUGUACCAAAAAAAGCAAAUGAUGCAAUGCAUCUUAGUUAUCUUGAAGAACUUGAAUCUGGUUUAACAAAAGAAGCAUUAGGUGAUGUACUACUUCAAAAUACAUUUCAAAUAUGGGAUUCCAAACAACUUAUAAAAAAAGGAAAAGAACGACAUGUUUUUCUAUUUGAAACAAGUAUUGUUAUUGCUAAAAUUCUUAAACCAGUUACACGUGGAACUGUUCGAUAUAUUUAUAAAUAUAAAUUAAUGACUGCUGAAAUCUUUGAUGUUAAAGAACAUUUAGAAGCAGGUGAACCAUGUAAAUUUGCAUUAUAUACAGGUCGUCCAAUGUCAUCACAUACAGCUGAUCUUCGAGUAACACUUAAAGCAAAUGAUCUUAGUACAAAACAACAAUGGGUUAUACGUAUACGAGAACUCAUUCAAGAGAAUGAUCUUUAUCAUGAUUUAUCAAUGCAUGAAACAAAUACAAAACAAACAACAAUACAAAAUAAAAUUUCACAAUUUAUUAAUAAUAAUCAGUCAGAUAGACGAUCACAAGAAAUAGCUGAUAAUGUAUCCGAUGAAUUCGAACAUAUAAGUCGUGGUGGUUCAUUAUCAAGUAUGACAACUGGUUCAUUUUCAAGUAGUGGUCAAUAUCAUCAAAUUCAACAGAAACGACAUCAAUGGAAAUAUAGUCCAAUAUUAAUUGAAGAAAAUACAACAAUCGAUUCAAAAUCUAUAACAACAACGACAAGAACUGAAGAAGAAAAACAUACGGAAAAUACUAUACGUAAAUGGUAUAAUAGUAACGAUGAUGAUGAUGAUAAUGAUGAUGAUGAUGAUGAUGACGAUGAUGAUGGAAAUAAUCAAAAUAAAACUCAACACACAAUAUCAAAAAAAAUUGAACGAGUUCUACGUAAGAUAAAUGCUUGGACAAAUGAGACAACAGCAGCGUCAACAAAUAAUAAUGACAAUAGUACAAAACGAGAACCAUUACAAGAUACAUCUUUCAACAAAACAAAUCUAUCAACUUAUGAUUCUAUGCAUCAAAAACAAGAAUAUAAACCUCGUUCGAAAAAAUCAACAUCAAAUACAUUAUUUAAUUCUUUUCGACAACGAUGUUCUUCAUCAACAGUUGUUGAUCCAAAACUAAUUAAAAAUCAGAAUAUAUCAAUUCAUAGACCUUAUUCAAUGACAUUUACCGAUGAACCAUUAUCAUCUAUAACAAAUACAUCAACUAUUCUAAAUAAUGAUGAUAAUAAGAAUUAUUUUUAUCAAGAUUUAGAUAGAAAGAAAAAAAUGCCCGAUACCAAAGUUCAGUUUUCCUCAUUUCGUCAUAAAAAAUCAGUUGGUAAACAUCCGGUUUUGAUUAAUGUACUUGAUAAUAACAAAACUCAACGUCAAUCUUUAUUUUCUCCAUAUAACAACUUAGCACCUUUAUCAUCAAUGUAUGGUUCAGAUUUUUUUUAUCCAUCUACAAAUGAAGAACAACAACAACAUGAAUACGAUAAUUUAACUUUUAUACAAAAUUCAUCUCAUCAUAAUUAUGAUCCAUUUCCAAUUCUAGUUGAUUGUCAACAUUGUAGUCGAAGUAUUGAUCGAUCAUCAUUUCGUGAUAUAUCAUGUCAAGUUCCAUCCGAUGAUGAUGAUGAUGUUGAUGAUGAAAAAAAUAUCUAUCAAGAUGUUCAAUUUGAAUAUCAAAAAUCAAAACGAUCAUCACCAUUGUAUAUAUCACCAGCAUCAACACCACCAUUAUGUCAACCACCGUUAGCAAUUAAUUUAUUAGCACCGUAUCAUUUUCGACGAAAACGUUCAUUAUCAUCAUAUAUUGGUUUACAUAAUCGUUCAAAAUCAGCUCCAUCAGCGUCAUCUUCAACUGUAUCAUCAAAUUCAAAUCGUAUAAAACAUUUUUCUGAGAAAAAAAAUCAUAAAAAUUUACAACCAUCACUUUCCCCUCUACAGACGAAUACAAAUGUAUCGUCUUUGCUACCUGAAUCCGUUCCUGUUUCAUCAACACCAUCAACUACAGCCCUUCUUCGUUCUAUAAAAACAUCAAUAUAUGCUAUGAAAAAACGUCUCAAAGAUAUUCGUCGUUUGUCCGAGGAUUCGAACGUCACAACUGUAUUAGACGAUUAUACAGCACGCAGUUCACAAGAAUUAAGUGUAAGUAAAGGACAACAUGUUCGUGUCGUACAACGACAACCACCAAAUGCACCUGAUUGGUGUCUUAUACGUGUAUUGAAUGAACAUUAUAAUCCAUUGAGUCCACCAUCACUUGCUACAUCAUCAACAACAAUAACAACUGGUUCAAUUGAUUUACCAUCACCAUCACCAUCACCAUCAUCAUCUUCAAAAUAUAUUGAAGGACUUGUACCAGCAGCUAUUCUUAAAUCAACUAAAUCAUCAGCAUCAAAUAUUCAUCCAUUACCACCAUUAGCUCUUUCAACAAGUGCUAAUAAAACUGAACAAGAUUCUAAUACAGACGAUUCUCAAUCAAGACCACAACAAUCACCAGCUGUUCAUUUUAGUAAACGUAAAGCUAGUUUUAGGCGAAUUCUUAAAAAUCCUGUUCGACGUCUUAGCUUAAAAGAUAAUAAUAGUAGUAAAGAUGUUAAAAAUUCAACACCACGUGAUUUAGUAACUACAUCAACAUCUAUUAUAUCAACGGAUAGUGGUGAUGGUACAUCGAAUAAUAAUAAUAAUAAUAAUAAAAAACAAUCCACAUCAUCAUCAAAUUCCACAACAUCAACAAAAAUCAAAGCAUUCACAUUUACAAACUCCGAUGAUUUGACGUUGUUUCCUGAUGAUACGAAUUCAUCAAGUAAAUUAAUGGAUGGUAAUGCUGGUAUGAAUGGUAUUUAUAAAAUGACUGAAUCAUCUUCAUCACCAUCAAGUGUAACAACAAUUAUAUCUCCAUCAACAACACUUGCUGGUGAUGAUUUAGAAAAUGAUGUUAUUGAAGUACCACCACCAAUGGAUAUUCAAGUUCAACCAAAAUUAUCUGCUGAUACAAAUGUUGAUAAAGUCACUACGGACGAAUCUUCUUCACUCGCACCUCUCAGUAUUGUUGCUGGACUUUCAGCAAGUGAUUUUCAUAUCCCGUCUGCUUUGUCAGUGACGACACCGUCCGUCAAUGAUGUUUCGACAACGAGUAGUUCGAUGCCAUCGUCAAGUAUUCUACAACAAUAUUCAUCAACAAUACCAACAUCAUCAUCUCUAUCGUCAUCUCCAUCAACAAUAACAACAACUACUAAUAAUAAUAAUAAUAAUAAUCCUUUAUUAUCUUCGUCAACAUCAACUGUGAUUCCAAAUGAUAAUCUUAAUGAACAAACUGAUGAAAUAUCUUUACAUGAUAUUGAUGCAAGUAUUGAUCAAUCAUUAGCAUUACAUAGUUCAACACCAACAACAACAAAUGAUGAACAUAUUGAUGAUCGGACAAAAUAUGGUGAAAAACGAAGACAUAAUAUUAUUGAAUUAAUUGAAACAGAAAAAGAAUACGUCAAAGAUUUGGCAUUGAUUGUUGAAGGUUAUAUGAAUGUUCUUGAAAAUGAUAAAGAUAUUAAAAAACCAACAGGUCUUGUUGGUCUUGAACGUGUUGUUUUUGGUAAUGUACAGAGAAUUUUUGAAUUUCAUCGAGAUACAUUCUUACCACAACUUGAAGGAAGUAUUGAAAAUCCUGAUAUACUCGGUCGAUUAUUUACCACAAAUCGAUUUAGUCCUUAUGUAAGAUAUUGUGAAAAUAAACCACGAUCAGAAUAUAUUGUUUCGGAAUAUCAUGAUUAUUUUGAAGAAGUUCGUAAAAAACUCGGUCAAAAAUUACUUGUAUCAGAUUUAUUAAUAAAACCGGUACAACGAAUAAUGCGUUAUCAAUUAUUACUUAAAGAAAUUCUUAAAUCAACUGAUCGUAUGGGUGAUGAAUCACGUGCUAUACGUAGUGCUUUACAAGUUAUGAUUGAAGUACCACGUUUAGCAAAUGAUAUGAUGAAUGUUGGUCGUAUAAAAGAUUUACCAACAAAUGUACAUCAAUUAGGUGAACUUAAAUUACAAGAUAUGUUAUCUGUUAGUGAACCAAUAACAAAAGAAACAAAAGAUAUAAAAGAUAUUGAAAAAAAAUUAAAAGAACGACGAGUUUUUUUAUUUCAACAAGCUAUGGUUUUUUCCGAAGAAUUACCAGCUAAAGAUAAAUAUUCAAGUCCAAAUUAUAUUUAUAAAUAUGAUUUAAAAAUUAAUAAAUUACAACAUAAAGAAUUUAAACGUAAUAAAGAAUUAUUUCAAUUUACAUUAGUCGAAGUUGAUGCUGGUAAUACACGUCGAGUUAUAUGUCAAUGUAAAGAUGAUGAACAAUAUGAAUUAUGGGUUACAAAUGUAGAGAAAGUGCUUCAACGUCAGAUGGAUCUUAUCAUAGCUCUAACUAAUCCAACAGCUGCUCUACAAAAAGAGCAAGACUCGUCUAUGUCAUUGUUUAUACCAAGUCUCGUAACACCAACAUCUCGUAAUCAAAUAAAAAAAUCUAUGUCUGAUCGUUCUACUAAAUCUCCUGAAUCCUUAUCACCAACACAUCAUUUAUCAACAUCACCUAAACUAUCUAAUCCAUUAAUAUCACCAUCCCGAACAUUAUCAAAUUCUGAUACAUCACCAUCACCAAUACCAACAACAGAAAAUUCAAAUAAAAAAUCAGCUUUUAAUUUAUUUGAUUCGUUUUUACAACGUUCAGUAACAAAACCAUUAACAAUAAAUACUUCAACACAUCAUGAUAUAACACAACAAAAAAAAUUAACAACACCAUCAUUAUCAUCUUCAUCAAUAUCAAAUACACAAUUACCAGAACAAGCUCGUUGUUUACAUAGUUAUAAUGCAAUAAAAGAAGAUGAAAUAUGUGUUCAUAAAGGUGAAUAUGUACAAAUUGUUGCUGCUAAUCAAGAUAAUCGAUGGUUUGUUCAUCGUGAUGCUAAUCGUACAUCACCAGCAGCUGAAGGUUGGAUACCAGGUUUUGUUCUUGGACUUAAAAAUCCUAAUUCAACUAUACAUCAUAAUUUAUCUCCAUCACCACCACCCCCAUCAUCAUCUUCCCAACAACCGACAUCAUCAUUAUCAGCUAAUAGUCUUCAUCGUUUAACAACAACAUCAACAACUCAUCAUCCAACAAUUACUUAUGAAUCAACUUUACCUCCUAAACCUCAAACGAGUACUUGCGACAAGCGUCUUAGUGGUGUUUUACGUUAUUGUGGACCUGAAUUGAAUAUAUCUGUACAUGAACGAAGUAUUUUUCUUGGUCAAUCAUUAAUUCUUCAAGGUCAUGUUAUUGGUAAUCCACGACCAGCUAUUGUUUGGCAACAUCCACAUGGUCAUACAUUAGUUGAUGAUAGUGUGAAUAUACAUACACAUUAUGGAGAUGAUGGAACAAUUCGUUUACAAAUUCGUUGUGUAUCUAUGCAAGAUGCUGGUAUAUAUGAAUGUAUAGCUACAAGUUCUCAAGGUACUGUUUCACAACAAAUUCCUGUUCAAAUAAAAGAUUCGAAUGAUCAUCAUAAACUUGAACAAGUUCGUUGGUCACCAAGAUAUCGACCAAAUGAAUAUCACGAAAUGAAUGAAAUAGCUCGAGGACGUCAUUCAAUUGUUCGUCAAUGUAUUCAUAUAUCAACCGGUGAUGUAUGUGCUGUAAAACUAAUAUCAAAAAAAAUUAUUUCACAUGAACGUGCUUUACAUGAAUAUGCUCUUGUUUCAUCUAUAUGUCAUGAUUCAAUUAUACGAGUAUUUCAUUUUAUUGAAACAAAUUCAUUUUCAAUAAUUAUUUCCGAAUUAAUAUCCGGUGGACGUUUAUUUGAUUAUCUUUGUUUACAAUCAAUUAUAAUUGAACAAAAUAUAGCAAAAUAUAUGAAACAAUUAUUAGAUGGAUUAAAUUAUUUACAUCAUUGUAAAAUUGUUCAUUUAGAUAUACAACCGGAAAAUCUUCUUAUUAAUAUUGAAUAUGAUCAAAUAAAAUUAUGUGAUUUUGGUGAUUCAAUUCGUUUAUCAAAUAUGAAAUAUGUUCAUCGUAUGAGUGGAAAUAUUGAAUUUGCUGCACCAGAAUUAAUUCAUGGAAAUAUUCCUGUUCAUUAUAAAACAGAUAUUUGGUCUAUCGGUGCCAUUUUAUAUACAUUAUUAUCUGGUCUUUCACCAUUUCUUGAUGAAACUGAUGAACAAACAUGUGCAAAUAUCAUAAAUAUCGAUUUUAACUUUCCUGAAAGUCAAUUUCCGUAUGCAUUUCAAGCUGUAAAAGAAUUAAUUCAAACAAUUUUUGUUCGUGAACCAAAUAAUCGUCCAUCAGCAAGUGAAUGUUUAAUGAAUGAAUGGUUUCAUCAUGCUGGUCAAUAUCAAAUAUCAACAACUAAUUUAAAUAAUUUUAUUGAACGAAGAAAAAUUUUAAGUGAAAAAUCUUAG